UUACAUAUGCGCAUAAUGAGUGCGUCUGACCAAAGAGAUUAUAAUCUCAUCAAAAAAAAGAUAGAUAAAUGGAAGUACUGUAUGUCACCAUGCAGUAAAGCGAUUCGUGACGGUAUGUCAUGCCAUGAGUUCACAGCAGAGGCAAGAACGGAGUUGAGAAGUGCAGCCUACGUAGUGAUUGAGCAAUGCAGCCGCCGUUCUGGCCAAUAUACAAUGAACCAUGAUGAUUCCAGGAGGAUCCCAGAUGGAGCAUCAUUUGAUCGCUCAGGUUCUCAGGACUCGCUGGAUGCAAUGUCUUUGGAUGAUUUUUGGAAGGAAGUUGAAAACAUUCAUGAAACCAGAGGAAAUAAUCAUGAGGAACGACAAGCAAUUGUAGUAAAGGAGCCAGAUGAGGGAGAACUGGAAGAAGAAUGGCUGAAGGAGGCAGGUCUGUCCAAUCUGUUUGCUGAGAGCACAGGUGAUUCCCAAGAAAGCAUGGUGUUCCUGUCCACUCUGACUCGAACCCAGAAGGCAGCAGUAGAAAAACGAGUAGAGACUGUCACACAGACCUUGAGGAAAAAGAACAAACACCACCAGAUUCCUGAUGUCAGAGAUAUCUUCAGACCACAGAGUGACCCAAAGGGAAAGGUCUGUGAUAGAAGUGAACCCUCAGCUGUAAGAACAACUGAAAGCAAAAAUGAAAUGCAGGAUGAAACAAAAGAUGUGAAGUUCAGUCUUGGAGCUAAUGAGCAGAAGAGCCCACUUGGAGACACGCCAUUUUCAGAGACUGACAUCAAUUUGGAGAUACCGUUUGCAGAACAGGCAGCUAAUCUCAAAGACAACUCAGUAGGCAAAGUGUAUAAGGAUGGAGGGGGCGAUACUCUUCACAUGAAUUUCAGACUGCCAAAGGACAAAACGGGUACCACAAAGAUUGGUGACCUGGCCCCUCAGGACAUGAAGAAAGUCUAUUCUUUAGCACUGAUUGAAUUGACUGCUCUCUAUGACGUACUUGGGACAGAAUUCAAGCAACAAAAAGCUGCAAAAAUCAAAACCAAAGACUGUGGCUUGUUUGGUGUCCCACUAUCUGUUCUACUGGAGCAGGAUCAGAAGAAGGUGCCAGGCACCAAGAUACCACUGAUUUUUCAGAAGUUGAUUUCCCAGAUAGAAGAGGCAACUCUGGAAACAGAAGGACUUCUUAGAAUACCUGGAGUUGCAACAAGAGUAAAGAGCCUUUGCCAAGAAUUGGAAGCAAAAUUUUAUGAAGGGACUUUCAACUGGGAAAAUGUAAAACAACAUGAUGCUGCAAGUCUUCUAAAACUCUUCAUCCGUGAACUGCCUCAACCGCUCCUAACUGUAGAAUAUCUCAAAGCUUUCCAAGAUGUGCAGAAUCUUCCAAGGAAGAAACAGCAGCUGCAAGCUUUGAAUCUUUUGGUUAUCCUUCUACCUGAAGCAAACAGAGACACAUUGAAGGUACUGCUCGAAUUCCUCCAAAGGGUAAUAGAUCAUCGAGAGAAAAACAAAAUGACACUAAACAAUGUUGCAAUGGUGAUGGCCCCAAACCUUUUCACAUUUCAAGGGCUUGGCUCAAAGAAUAUUGAACAAAGCGAGUUUGCUAUGGCAGCUGGAACAGCAAAUGUCAUGCGCUUUAUGAUUCAGUACCAAAAACUUCUCUGGACAAUUCCCAAGUUUAUUGUUAACCAAGUGAGAAAACAAAACACUGAAAACCAGAAGAAGGAGAAAAAGGACAAAGCUAUGAAGAAACUUCUGAAAAAGAUGGCUUAUGAUCGGGAAAAGCAUGAGAAGCAGGACAAGACUCCUAAUGAUGCUGAUGUUCCUCAGGGAGUGAUACGGGUGCAAGCGCCUCAUCUUUCAAAAGUUUCCAUGGCAAUACAGCUGACAGAAGAACUGAAAGCCAGUGAUAUAGUAGCCAGAUUUCUCAGUGAGAAAAGUGGAAAUGUCCAAACACUCAAGAAAGAAGAGGUCUUUCUUUAUGAAAUAGGAGGAAAUAUCGGGGAACGCUGCCUCGAUGAUGAUACCUACAUGAAGGACCUGUACCAGCUCAACCCAAAUGCUGAGUGGGUUAUAAAAUCUAAGCAGAGCUAAGAAAAUGGCAAAAGAACAAACCAUGGACUUACUUUGUAAUGCUGAACUUUUCAAAGGGGUAGUGUGUUCUUUCAACUUUUGGCUGUAUUUAUACAUAUUAAUAGAAAAGGCAAUGGAAACCCAACAGUGAUUACCAGUAAAUUUUCACUUUUACUUACAGCAAGAUACCAGAAAGAACUUUUCCCAUUUAUUUGAUACGAGAAUAAGUCAGUUAAACAUUUUAAUGGCACUAAUCUCCCUUGAUGAUACUCCCAUCUGUUAGGUCUGGUUUCAGAAGAAUUUAUUUUUCAAACAGAUGUUUAACCUCUUUAUAUUAGAGAUCUAAAAUCUGUUUGCAUAGAAGUGUGUAUCCGUAUAGGUUUUUGCAGUGGUAGGACACUGGAGAACCAAAUCCUAAUCAGCACUUCUGAAUGGUACAGUAUUAAAAAUACCUAAAACCAUUUCUCAAGUAAGUGUGAAAUUUGCAGGAAAAAAAACUGCAGUACAAUGUAUAUUUUGUCUUUGGAAGUCCUAAUUUUGUUCACUUUCUAGGUAAACCUUGAUAGAAGCUAUUUAAAAACAACUGUGAAACUGCUUUCUAUGCAUCCUUUUGCUAGAUCUUUUUAAUAUUUUUAUUCUUAUUACGGUUGAUUGUAUUCUUGAUAUCAUUAUUAUUAUUAUUUUUUAUUUUAAAGUAGGACAGUAUAACGCAGUGAGUCACUUUUAAAGCUCACCACUCUUGGCAGUGUCCCUUCUGGCAUAUUGUCACCACUAGGAAGAUGUCUGAGUUUUUCAGCAGUGAUGCUCGGAUAUGUUGCAAAUGUUGAUUUCAGGUGUUUUAUUUUUGUUUUUUUUUUUUUUGGACAUCUGAUAGAUUGCAGAGCAUUUUGUGAACUGCCAAAAUCUGCCAGUUAUGAGCACAAUAAAGACUUUCAGGAUGAAUAAAAUAACUGUGGAGAGAAA